AUGCAGGCGGCCCCUCCCCAGCCCCAGCCGCUCGCCACCCGCUCGGCCACCGCCUGCAUCCGCUGCCGCCGCCAGAAGACAAAAUGCCUCCACGAUGACAACGGCCAGCCGUGCCGAGGCUGUGUCAAGGCCCAGCAGCAGUGCGUCUUCCCCGGCAAGGUCCCGCGCGCCCCGAGGGCCCCCGUCAUAGCCGGGCUCCCGCCGCUCGCAAACACCACGUCCCCAACCGCCACCGCUCAGCUUUCCCAGCCCCAGCAACCCCACAAGGACACCGCCCUCCCGGACCGAUCCGACCUUGCCAGCCAGCUUGAGCUGCACCCGAGCCACGUCCAGGACUGCGAGCGCGCCUUCGCCCUAUGGCCUUUUCCCUGUUUCCACCGUCCCAGCUUCAUGCGCCAGCUGAGGGAGGGCCAUCUCCCGCAGACCUUGAACUAUGCCAUACUCUCCUCGGGUGCCAGGGCCUCGCCUGGUCUGAUCCGCCAUUUCGGCUCCCCUGGUGGUGCGUCUGAGUACUUCGCUGAGAAGGCUCAGGCAAACAUCAAUUCGAGUAUGGAUUGCCCUUCCGUGCCCGACGUGCAGUCACUCUGUCUACUCGCCAUGCAUCACUGGGGCUCCGGCCGUGGGAUACGUGCCUACAUUUUUCUCGGCAUGGCUGGCCGCAUGGCUCAAAUGUUUCUACCGCAAGCCACCACCGGUGAUGAAGACUUCGUCGCCGCUGAGACCGCUCGCCGUACCAUUUGGACCUGCUUCAUCAUGGACCAGUUUCUCUCAUGUGGCAACGGGCGUCUUCCCUCCAUUCGCGCUGAAGAACUGCAGAUCCAGUUGCCGUGUAGCGAGGAUGAUUUCCACUUUGGGAGUCCGGUGUCGACUCCCACCCUCAAUGGUGAAGUACCCGGCUACACCUCGCCCGAAUGCCCCAAAGCUGAGGUUGGAGAGUUCGGCCAUAUGAUUCGAGUGGCAAUUCUUUGGCACCGCGCCGUCUCGUGGGUGACAGAUCCGCCUGCAGACGAGCAAGACGACACUGAAUACCACGCAAUCAUGGGCAGCCUCCGCCAAUGGGCAAGAUCCCUCCCCUCGCGCCAGCAGGACACGCCGGGCAAGAUAGACCUCCACAUACAAGUCGGCAACGGCUACUCCUUCGCCUUCACUCACAGCGUAUACUACUGCGCCUUCAUCUUCCUCUCUCGGAAGCAGCUUCACCGCAUGGGUCGGCGUGUAGGGGGCCGCGACACCGACGCAGAUGUCACUGAUGUCAUCGACGCCAUCGCGUACGCCGCCGGGCGCGUGACGGCACUGAUCUCAACGCUGGACGCCGACGCGAGCUUCGUCAGCGGCGGCGCUGACGCCGGUGCGCCACUGCCGGCCUACCCCGUCGUCGUUCUCUUUGCCGCCUACACCGCCGCCUCGACGGUCGCCAACAUGAUCCUCCAAGGCGUACCCAUGCCCGUCGUUGGCGCCUCCGAUCACCCUCGUAGCGCUGGCGGCGCAGAAAACGCGGACGCGCCUGCUCGCAACAUCGUUGCCCCCGUCCUCGAGAUCCUCCGCAAGUCGGCCCCGGUCUGGCCGCUCGCUGAGCGCUGGCACUCGGAACUCGGCCGGCUCUCGACGAGGCUGAACGCGCGGGGCGGUAGUGACGCUGGUGCAUCGCACGAGCGCCACGAUAGCCAUCACCCUCCUCUUGCUACCAUGGCCCUCAACGGCGGCAGUACGCAGCAACAGCACCAUCUUCCGCCUGUUGUCAAUGGCGACGGUGUCAAGGUGGAGUUGAAUGGCGCCGUAGCCCCAACGCUACCGCCGCUACAGCAGCUCCAGCAGCUGGAAGCGGAAGACGGCAAGCUUGCGCCGGUGAAGGAGAGCGAGGAAGAGACGAGCGAGCGAGAUUCGAAAGCCUUCGACGAUCACCUUAAAGGGUUGGGGGAUUUGGCAACGUUUCUGGGGACGGGCGGUUUUAGGUUUUGA